GAUUCCAUAUUUCAACAGGAGGUGUAUAUCACGUCUCCACUUCUGUUAUAACUGAAGUCAAGACAGAUGAUAAGAUAACAUUAGCGGUGAAUGUAAACAAUGAGUUGAUUUCCGACAGCAGUUUACAAUCUAUAUACGAUGACAUUCCUGGUACAACUACCAUUCAAGUACAUGGUUUAUUAAAAUGCAGCAGUGGUGCUUCUAUUGUGGUAUAUUUGAUAUCAAACAGCUCAGGACAUGUGUUAAAAAAAUCAAGCAGGAUUUCUUUGGUAUUACUGUCAUCUGUUUUAAAUCAUCAAGGAUUUUCCUUAAGGUUACUUCACGAUGUUGCAAUCAAAAAAGCUAUCUCUAGAUUAAAAUGGACCAGCUUGAAAUCAUUUGGUAACUUUAUUGAUACAAACUUAUUUACGAUUUCAGAAGGCUACCUAGUGACAGAAUCAAAUGGUUUAUAUUAUGUCUCGGGUAAUUUUAUGAUGCGAAAUAGAUUCAUAGAGAAAUGCACACACCACGUGUAUAUGUACAUCGACAAAUUAACAAACUCUAUUGUUAUGGCAACAAAAGCAACAUUCAGCGCACAUAAAAUAUUCACUAUCAAUUUUGCAAGGUCGUUUUAUUUGCAAAAAGGGAGACGCGUUUGGUUACAAAUCUUAUCCUCUUGUUUCUACACCGACAUUUUGAAACAUUCAACAUAUUCACUCACAUAUCUAACUUCAAAACAAAGUUACUCAUUGCAAUCAGAAAAGUUCUCCUCUUACCUUCACACACAGGGAUGGACGCUAAUGCAACUAAAUGUCUUUGAAAAGAACUCUCCCGGGGGAUACAUUAGUGAAGGUCAUGAAAUUCAGUCGGAUCAUUUGUUGAUAAAGACAGAUGGUACUAUUUUAGUCACUGGUAUAUUUUACUUCAAAGCUCCAUUAAAUUCGACUGGUUUAAAGGUAAUGAUCACACGCAACGGAAGGCCACAAUUUGGACUUAAGGAUACACCACAUGUCCAAUCAACAUCAUCAGGCUUGUCUAUUUAUCGUGCCAUGAUUACUAUAUCUUCUCUGAUGGUCGUAAAAGCUCACGAUUUCCUUAUAUUUAAUAUCUAUUUCCCAACAAGUGAGACGUGGAUUCUAGUUAAAAAUUCCAGCAUUAGUCUCGUAUAUGUUAAAUCUAAUGUUGAACAUAAUGUUGCAAAAAUACACAAGUUUCAAGGUGAAUCGUUGUCGUGGAAUAUUUUGAAAAGUUGUAAGAUAAACAAUGAGAGGCAGGUAAACUUUAAAAAUGGUGUCAUAAAGGUUAUGCAAAGUGGGAUUUAUUUUAUGUCAUUUUAUGUCACAGUUUUGGGGUAUAAACAAAACCGAUUGUCUCUAGCUAUGAUUUUUGAUAAGGACAACAGCAUCAAAAAGAAAGAAGCGCUAUCUGCAACAGAGACCUCAAUAAAUCAAAUAUUUACCCUUAAGUUGGCAAGUUCAAUCCGUAUCGAUACUGAUCAACCAUUUGGAUUUUAUCUUCGAGUACCAGUUAGUUUUGAAUUUCAAGCCAAAUGCAGCGUAUCAUUAAUGUAUCUAGGUUAUAUUUCAAAUGUUAUUGGAUUUCAAAGCAAUUUACAACAAGAUCUAAAGAAAUCAGCUGGAUAUUCUACAGCGGACGGUUAUUACGAUCCAAGUCGAGUAAAACUUUCCAGAAAAUUUUAUUAUAACACAGGAAAGAAUUUUAAUUUCAAAACAGGUGUCUUCACCGCUCCAAUGGCAGGUAUAUAUCUUGUGUCAGUUAAUGUGGUCAUUCGCAAUGCAAACGCAAUGGCGGACGAUUCCUUCUUCACUGUUGUACUUUAUUACAAAAAUCAUCCAAACUCUGUUUUAUUAUCAAAGAGAUUGGAAAAAAUAAAUCAUGCGGCUGCUGAUCGGAAAGCAUCAAUGAGUUUUUGUAUAACAGCACCGAUGAAACUUCAAAGUUCAGAUGAGUUGAUCUUAAAAAUAUUUUCUCGUACAGAUUAUGAUUGGACAAUCGAUAAGGCUACUAGUUUCUCUGUUGUUUUGUUAAGUUCUCUGCAAUUUGCGAAUGGCUUUGUAGCACAUCGAUCUGUUAGUUUUAACAUAAACACAAAAGAUAAAUGGGCAAGAAUACUCGGCUGGUCCACGGGUAAUCCUACAGAUGGAAGAUUUGACGGCACGUCUUUAAAAAGCCCAGAGCUUGUUGCCAAUGAAAAAAUUAUGAUUCAUACAACUGGUUUAUACAUUCUGAUAUUUCAUAUCCAUUUGAAGCAGAAUAUAAAGCAGAAACACUUUCAAAUUGGUUUAUUUGUUGAAGAUGAAAGUCAUUUAGAGCUUCUCGAGACAUGUGAUGAAUUAGCUGAUCCAUUUAAAAUCACGUCAAUUUCGUGCUUUCUUAUCAUGAAGUGUGAGAAGAACCGCAAGUAUAUAUUCAAACUUUACAGUUCAGAUGGUAUAGAACGCAGCAAUCUGUAUAAUUUUCAUCAGGAAAAGUUACAUGUAGCAUUUCUUUCAGCUGUUUUGCUAAAUCAACCAUUGGAAUACGAAGCAGGAGGUUACCAUAUAAAGGAUAACAUCGAUUUAAGUGAAGGUACAAAACGAUUAUCGCCUUGGUAUAGGAACCAACUCAUUUCUUCACCUGGUAGUAACAGCUUUAACGCUAAAGAUGGUACCCUCACUGCAAAAACAGCCGGUUGGUACAUGGUUUCAUUACAAGUUGUUUACAAAAUACCUUUUGGUAACGUCACAAUAAUCCUUAGUUCAGAAGACAAAGAAGAAACAGAAGAUAUACAGAGUUUUGCAGUCGCGAGAAGCAAAGUAUCAAGCGAACUUUCAUUAACUGGCGUAUUGUUUUUACCAAGAAAUGCAAAAGCUAUUUCCAGUAUUACUACAUUUGGACCAGGAGAAGUGAUAAGUCACAAAACAUCAUUCACUUAUGUGCAUUUACCAACUCUAUUUGACACAUUAAAUCAGAGAUUCACAAAAAUAAAAUCCUUAAAUGUAAACUCUGCUAAAAAUGUGAAAAUCACAAAGUGGAAGCAAGUCGGUGCUACCAUGGCAACCAAUGAUGACAUCAGCAUUGCUAAGAGAGGUGUAUACAUUAUUACAGCUAACUUUGUAAUAUCAUCAGCGAUUAAUGAGAUAAGUUUAGAUAUGAAUGUGAGUGGAAGAGGAAAGCUGUACACAAGUAAUUAUUCUUCCAAAACCAACGAAGUAUUUACAUUACUGCUAAGUGGAGUGGUUAUCUUUAAAUCAACUGCAAUUGUCUCAUAUUAUAUCAACUCCGGUGGGAUGGCUUCAGUUUUGCCGAAAUCAUCAGUAUCUGUAGCAUUUUUAGGAGAUGAUAUAUCAUUGUAUCCUGUCUUUGUAAUGGAAGUUGUACGGUCUAAGUGGUACGGCGAACGUACAAACAGAUGGAUGUUAAUCACAGCAUUUGAAGAACGCACAAAAAAGAAUUUCUAUCAUCGAAAUAGUGUCAUUAUCACCAAAUUAUCAGGAGUCUUCUUCAUUUCAGCUAAUUUGAUUUUUACUUCACGACGCAGUUCGCUUUAUUCGUUUGGCGUUUUUCUGAACGACCAAUUGGUUAUAUCUGCUUCAAAAUUUGCUUCUUCCGUCUUCACCAUUUCAAUCGCACACACAGCUUACUUCCGAAAAGGAGCAGUUUUGGCUUUAAAAGUCAUGAGCAAUUCUGCACACAGAUUUCAAAUUCAAAGUGGAAGUACAUUUAGCACCACACUAGUAGAGAAUCUUGAUAGCAAUGAUGAUGUAUUCACACCCUCCAUCACAAGUGGUUUAAUGCACAGUAGCGUGACCCAACUGGCACCAGAUAUGUCCGCUACGUUGGAGUGCAACGCUGUUGGAGAAGGAGAGAAAUCUUAUAAAUGGUUUCGGAAUAAUGAGCUACUCCGAACUCACACAUCCAGUGUUCUUCAUAUGAAUCAAGCCAAACAUGGAUACUAUCAAUGUCAGGCACUGACAGACAAUGUUGGGCCUGUGUCUAAAAUUACUUAUGUAGUUGUUGAAGAAGUGAAUGAAUGUUUGGACAGAAAGAAACAUUGUGCGGGACCAAAUCUAACAUGUGAAGACACGUUAGGCUCAUACAAAUGUGGUUGCAUGUAUGGAUUGAGGUACAUUAACGGCCAUUGCUACGCUAAUGAUAGCAAUGUCGAUAUCGUUCGUCAGAGUAAUCCAAACCGCAUUCCACUAGUAAUUUUAAUAAUGGUACCCUUUCUAUGCAUUACAUUUUUUAUUAUCGUCACGCUUAGUAUAUACACCUGCAUAAAACGACAACGAAGAAAUAGAGAACCUGACAUAGAAACUAUUGCUUUCUCUGUUUACAACGAAAACGAACAAGUUGAAGAAAUAGCCUUACAAAAUUUAUCUUCCAGUGUAAAUGGUAGUUCAAGUAACGAAGGUGUAUUACCGUCAGGUAGGGACAACGCAGACAGAGCAAGUUUGGGUACGACACUUUCGUAUGCACCAAGUAACGUGAAUGAUAGUGAAGAUGAAGAAGAUGUGGGAGGCUUCAACGAGUAUAAAUGGCGAAAACUGGUUAACGCAAACACGAGUGUGUAGGAUCUAAAUAACUGCGACACCAUUAUGGUUGCUACUCCAUUCUCAAACGCGCCCUUCAAUCAACGAAUACAGAGUUAGCUGAUACCUCUACGGUUACUUCAAAUGUUGGCCCUAAAUUAAGUUUAAAUCAGAAAAAGGUAAACCACACCAAUCCGCAUCAGCUUUUGUGGAUUGAUUGUCACGGGUUGGUUUAGGAAAAAAAUAAACUAGUUACGACACCAGCAUUCGUCAGUUUCAGUUGUGCAAGUUCAAACGGGUGAAAUCAAAUUUUUCUACACAAGCAACAAUGAGGUUGUAACACAACAAGACAACUUUUCAGGAAUACCAAAAAAGAUGUUCAACCUUUAAACAAGUAUAUGAUAAUAAUUCGUGGCAUGCUUUAAUUUAAAAGGUACAGACAUGUUCUCUUGUAUUAUUCAACAGAAUACGUAUCCGCUUUUUCAAAUUCAAAUUUAGCAGGAUGUCAUAAGCAGAACAUAUAUAGUCAUUUGAUAGGACAUUUGGUUAAUUUAUAAUUUUGUAUACAAUAUUGAAUUCGUCUUUGUGUAUAUGUGGAAUCAUUUGUACAUAUUGUUGUACAGUUUUAUUAUAACAAGUUAUAUGUAUGAAGAUUGAAAAAAACAUUGUAAAUUAAAAA